AUGGAGGAUGAGGACAAGAUGGAGGAUGAGGCAAGUUGGAAGACGGAGGACAAGAUGGAAGAUAAGAUGGAGGACGGGAAGAGAUGGAGGACAGAGGACAAGAUGGAGGAUGAGACAAGAUGGAGGGCGUGGACGGGGUGGAGGGAACCCGUGUCCGUGGAAGACGUGUCCGUGGUCUUCAGUCACGGAGAGUGGGCCCUGCUGAACGGGGCUCAGAAACAACUGUACCACGAUGUCAUGCGGGAAACCCUGAAAAACCUCCAGACGAUAGGACAGAGGCCCCGUGUCCAUUGGGAAGGCAUGGACUCCCUGCCUGGCAUCCACAUGCAGGAGAGGCCUCACACGUGUGUGGAGUGCGGGAAGGCGUUCGGGGGGCCCUCGCACCUCCGUGUGCACGAGCGCACGCACACGGGCGAGCGGCCGUUCCCCUGCCCGCAGUGCGGCCGGGCUUUCUCCAGCCACUCCUCACUUGUCCGGCACGCGAGAAUCCACACUGGAGAGAGGCCUUACUUGUGCACACUGUGCGGGAAGGGGUUUGCCUACCGCUCGGCGCUCAACAAACACACCAGGGUUCACGCCAGGCAGAAGCCAUCCGGGCAUCGUGGGGGACCCUCGGGUCAGGGGGGACCCUCGGGUCUGGCACAGCCAGUGGGGAGGCCGUAUACCUGCCCAGAGUGUGGCAAGGCCUUUGGCGUGCCCUCACACCUGAGCGUUCACCUGCGUACACACACCGGUGAGCGUCCGUACGCAUGCCAGGAGUGUGGGAAAACCUUCAGCGUGGCCUCCAACCUCACGGUGCACAUGCGCACGCACACGGGUGAGCGGCCGCACGCGUGUCCCGAGUGUGGCAAGACCUUCAGUGUGGCCUCCAAGCUCCACGUGCACCGGCGCUCGCACACGGGCGAGAGGCCCUACCUCUGUCCACCCUGCGGGAAGACGUUCACCAACUGCUCAGCCUUCACGGCCCACAUGCGCACUCAUGCGCCGGACAGGCCGCACGCAUGUCCCGAGUGUGGGAAAGCCUUCCUGCUGCCCUCAAGGCUGGCCUCUCACCUCCGUACGCACGCGGGAGGACAGAGACCGGACACGGGGGGACAGAGGCCUCACAUGGGGUCACAGAGGCCGCAGACGGGGGGACAGAGGCCGGACACAGGAGGACAGAGGCCGUACGGGUGCGAGGCCUGUGGACAGGCAUUCACGCAGGCCUCUGACCUCCACACACACGCGUGCACACAUUCCACACCCAGGCCUUAUCGGUGCACAGAAUGUGGGAAAGCCUUCAACGAGCCCUCCAACCUCACUGUGCACCUGCGCACACACACCGGAGAGACCCCUUUCACAUGUCCCCACUGCCAAAAAGGGUUUUUCUUCCGCGCGGCCCUGGCCAGGCACAUGAGGACUCAUGCCGGAGAAAACCCUCUAGAAUGCAAGGUUUGUGGCAAAGCCUUUAGCAAGUUAUCAGGUCUCAAGCGACAUGUCACGAUUCAUCAGAAGCACAGGCUACAGCCCUGA